GUGCACGGCAUCAUCAGCAAGAUGAUCAUCGGGGAGGAGCUUAUGGCGUCCCUGGACCAGCCGACGGCGACGGUGAUGAUGCACCGGACGGAGCCGACGGCGACGCAGAACCUGGCGCUGCAAUUGGCCGAGAAACUGGGGAACCUGGUGGAGAACAACGAGCGCGUCCUCGACCAGAGACAGGGAGCCUACGGGGGGUACUUCCGGGACCAGAAGGACGGCGGGUACCGCAAGGGCGACGGGUACCUGAGACGAGGCGGCUUCCGGCAGGAGCGCGGCAACUACUGACCCACACCUGCCCCACGGCGGGGACCACCGGCCCCAUAGAUCCGUCACCUGCCCCACAGAUCCCUCACCUGCCCCAUAGAUCCAUCACCUGCCCCACAGAACCAUCACCUGCCCCAUAGAUCCAUCAUCUGCCCCACAGAACCAUCACCUGCCCCAUAGAUCCAUCACCUGCCCCACAGAACCAUCACCUGCCCCAUAGAUCCAUCAUCUGCCCCACAGAACCAUCACCUGCCCCAUAGAACCAUCACCUGCCCCACAGGUCCCUCACCUGCCCCAUAGAACCAUCACCUGCCCCACAUCGGGACCCGCCGUGGCUGAAAAUUAAUAAAUGAGUCGUUAACGAGG